AUGCAACAAACAGACAAUAUUCCGACAGCUGAUCAAAUUGAAUUGUACGUGCCACGAAAAUGCGCUGCCAGCAACAAAAUUAUCGCUGCCAAAGAUCAUGCUGCUGUUCAAAUAGAUAUCGCUGAAGUCGAUGAACGCACAGGUGUUGCGACAGGCAAAAACCGAACCUAUGCUCUCUGCGGUUCAAUUCGUAUGAUGGGUGAAUCUGAUGAUUCGCUCGCAGUGGUGGGAACGAACGAGCUUUGCCUGACAUCAUCAUCAUCAUCGUCACAACACAUACGCAACAAAGCAUCUAACGAAAUAAAGAUGCCGUCAACUAUCCCGACCCUUCUACCCUAUGCACACGAAUUUUUACGUUGUGCCAUCUGUUUGCAUGAUUUCGAAUAUGACAAUUCGUCUUAUCGUCCAAUAACUUUACCGAAUUGUGGUCACACCAUGUGUGGACAAUGUAUCGAAAUCAUACGUAAACAAACGAAAUGUCCUCAAGAUCAAGUCUCAUACGGAACGACAAUUCCACUUGAACAAUUACCAAUCAACUAUCCUUUGUUACUCCUGCUUUUCGAUCCAGAUCGAUUACCUGAAGAUGAUGAACAACGUUACGGUCAAUGUUUGUCAUAUAUGAAUCUUGAUGAUGAAACGAAAUCAUAUUUUCAUCAGAGUCAAGCGAUUCUUGGUGAUAUAGCAGUUGGAAUUAAAUAUUUACUUUAUGAAUAUAAACUCGCUGAACACAAGGAAAAUCAACAAAUUUUAACUCGUCCUAUCAUUCGAAAAGUCUUCGCUCUAUUGAAUAGUCAAUUUAUCGAUCGUGAUGGUCGUUUGAAAGCUCUUAAAGCAGCACGAAGUCUUGGCGAACGUAUAUGUGUUGAUUUUAUCAUUCAUCACCAAAAUCCACAGCAAUUAACAGCUAACCUUUGGUCAGCUGUUCGUUCACGUGGUUGCCAAUUUCUCGGGCCAGCUAUGCAAGAAGAAGUAUUAAAAUUGAUUUUAUUAGCACUCGAAGAUGGUUCAGCAUUGUCACGUAAAGUUCUGGUCUUAUUUGUUGUACAAAAACUAGCACCACAGUAUCCUCGAGCAAGUAAAACAAGUGUUGGACAUGUUGUUCAGUUACUCUAUCGAGCAUCGUGUUUCAAAGUUCAGAAACGUGAAGAAGAAUCAUCAUUAAUGCAAUUAAAGUCUGAAUUUCGAAAUUACGAAAGUCUUCGCCGUGAACAUGACUCACAAAUUAUUCAAAUUGCCGUCGAAGCUGGUUUACGUAUUUCACCUGAUCAGUGGUCAUCGUUAUUAUAUGGUGAUGGCCAACAUAAAUCAUCGAUGCAAUCGAUUAUUGACAAACUUUCCACUCCUGCUUCAUUUACUCAAGCCAUUCAAGAAUUUCUGAUUGUUCUUCAACGUGCUGGCGACUCAUCGAAGCAUUUGGCACAAUUGAAAAGUGAUUUCGAAUUUCUGUCACAAAUAGAAAUUGGAUGCACAGAUCAACAGUCAACAUCCGAGGAGAGCCAUUCGGCUCAUUCAAAUUGGCCAUGUAUGCUCGAUGUAUUGAAAGCGGUGCGAACUGUUUUACAAGCCUUGAUGGAUUUCAAUUUACAAGAAUCCAAAAACAAUCAUUUUAAUAAGAAUUUUUACCAUCAUCGCUCGUACGAUCUUUCAUCAACUACAUUUACGUCGUCAACAUCAUGUUCAUCACCGAUGACUGUGUCACCAUUAGGAGGUAGUAGUACAACGUCCGAAUAUCAUUUACAACCGUUACAUCCGGCGACUUCUCAACAUGGCCAGAGCAAAUAUAAGGUUUCAAUGUGUCGCGAUUUCGUUCAAAAGCAAUCGUGUCCACGUGGUAUACAUUGUACAUUUGCACAUUCAAAAGCGGAAAUGGAUAAAUAUCGUGCUAAAAAUCGUCCUCCAAAUGGAUCAACAUUACCAUUAACUUCAACCAAUACGAACUCUUCUUUUCCGCCUCCGCAAAAUACAACUGGUUUGCCACUUUAUUCACCGGCUAACAAUACUAAUUUAGUUCGGCCCAUUCCUCCACCUAUACUACCUUUGUGGAAUCCACAACAAUCGCAACAUCUUAUUCAAGAAGUUCCUCAACAGCAUCAUCAUCAUCAUUACUAUCAUCCAUCACAGAUUCCACCGUCGAUUCUUCAAAUGCAUGCCCAUUCGAAUUCAACAACGUAUGAUCAUUCACAACAAAACAAUAAUCUUAACCCUACGAAUAAUAAUAAUAAUAACAAUAACAACAAUUCAAGUCAAAUUCCGGUGAUUGCAGCUGCUGCUCAAGCCAUUCUUGAACAAAAUAAUGCUGCUGCAGCUGCACUUGCUGCUAAUACAUUUUAUCGUUUUCAACAACAGCAACAAACACCGUAUCAUCAAUCAUCAUCGAUGAUUGGUCAACAAUCACAGCAACCAUCAUUAUUAUCUCGAUCAUCAAAUCUUCCCAACCCAUCAUCAAAUUCUAUGCAACAACGUUCUCAUAAUUUUACUGAAGCACGUUUUUCAUCAUUGUCAGAUCAACACAAUAGUCAUCAAGUAUCUAAUCAGUUUCAUCCUAUUGAAGAUUUACGUUUACCACCAGUGAUGCAUCUUGCUGGAAGUAAUCCAGCAGAUAAUUCCAAUCUUAAUCAACGUAAUUAUCCAGUUUUACAAACGAUUCCACCAAAAAAUGAUGACAAUCUUCUUUAUUUUCCAUCGAUCAACAAUUUAAAUCGUUCACAACAAACAUAUUUAAGUAGUUCGAAUACUAAUCAUGGUCUGUUCAAUGAUAUUCUUCCAACUAAUAAUAAUAAUACAAAUAAUCCAAUAUCAACAUUAUCAACCAAUACAUUUAUUAAUAAUCGACAACAACAACAACAGCAGCAGCAACCAUUUAAACCGCCCACAGCUUUCUCAUAUCCCCAACAGCAUCAAAUACGUAAUGAUGAAAAUGUUUUUCAUAACAAUCAACAACACUUAAGUAAUUUUGAUGAUGAUGAAUAUUCGUUAAUCAACGCCUCAAGUAACGGAAAUGGUGGAGGUGGUGCCAAUUCAAAUGAUAGUAGUUUGUUCUACUUCGGUUCGGCUAAUGCACAUGCAACAGCUGCCUAUAAUUUCUAUCAUCCAAACUCACCAUUAGGUGGUAAUGGUCAUUCACUCAAAGCAUACAUGUAUAAUGAAAAGCAAGCUCUACGAUAUCAAGUUGAUACAUUUAAAGAUAUAUUAGAUGAACACUAUGAAACAUUAAAUCAAGCUAAAAGACAAUUGAAGGAAAAAAGCAAAGAUUUCGAACUACAAAAACGGACACUGGCAGAUCUUCAACAAGAAAACAAUCAAUUAAAAGAAAUUCUAGAAAAUCGUGAAAAACUAAUUCAAGAAUCCGGCAUGCAAUUGCUAACUGUUGAUCAACCAAAUGGUAAACCUGUCGGCGACGAAAAACUUUCAUCUGUUUUACCAACUGGUCUCGUUUCUCACGAAACCUUUACGCUAUUGAAUUCGCUUGGUAAAGGAUCGAUUGAUGAAAAAUUAAAACGAAUUUUAAGUGAAAAACGUGAACAAUUCGAUCAAAUUGUUAAAUUAAAGUCCGAAUUGGAAGAUGAACGAAAUCGUUUACGUACAUUAGAACGACAACUACCAAAACUUCAAGAUUCACAAAAUCAUGCCAAUAGUACACUCGAUUCUGAACAACAAAAACAAUUACAGAAAGAAAUAACCGAUUUGAAAAAUCGUCUACAACGUUUAGAAGCUGAAAAUGGCUCGUUACAACAAGAAAACAAACGGUAUGAUGCUCAAUUGAGACGUCAUAAACAACAAACAGAUGAUGCCGAACGUGUCGAAGAAGAUCUUAAACAAGAACGAAGGCGAUUACAACGCGAGUAUCGUGAUAUGAAAUCACGAUAUGAUGACGCAGUUUUGGAGAAACAACGUUUACAAGAUCGGGUUGAUUCAAUGGAAUUUGUUCGACGGAAUUAUAAUUCAUCAUCUCGACAAUUGCAUAAUUCAAGUGCCGGAGGAAAUUCAUAUCUUCCUCCGGCAUCAUCGCGAUCAGGACGUGGACCAUCUGUUGCUCGUUACACAUCAGUCGAACGUGAAACAGAUCCAUCUCUUGCUCCACCGUACCGAUCGCGCGAGCCAUCCGUAGCUCGACGAGCUUCGCGAGACUAUUCAAGUGAUCGUUGGUCAACAAGACGAGAUUCAACUACGAGUGCACCUUAUGAUCAUGAUUUUUCAUCAAGUAAUGCGCGACGACCAGAUCGAUGGUCUACAGCCACUGCUCCCAAUAUGAGUUCAUCUAGUUAUAAUUUCUCAUCACUCCCAGGUAGAACCGAUCCUCGCAUGAAGUGUGGAUCGCAUGAUGAAGUUUUCGUUUGGAGUUUCGCAUGUUUGAAUCUUCGCGUCGCCCGUGAAGAACUGGAAAGUGAACGAACACGUGGUGAUGUUCUCCAACGAGAGAAUGAACGUCUUCGAACAUUACGAAAAAAAACUUUGCUCAACACACCUGAUGAUAACCUUGUUUCAUCAUCGUCUGUCUCACGAUCUCAUACAAGUUCGCCAUCGCCAUCAUAUAUCUCUAGCUCUGAUCUACAAUUUUAUCCUACAUUACAAGAUCCCUCUUAA